AUGAAUAGUCCUCCAAGUCCAAGUACAACAACAGUAACAAAUAUUGAUGCAACAUGCUCACUAUAUGGGCGAACGUUUAAAAGCAAACGAGGUAUGAACAUACGUAAACGAGUAUGCAUACAAAAACGAUCAACGGAGGCAUCAACUGAUACUAAAACUAAGGAGAUGCAUCAACUAACAACAAUGUCAUCAACAAAUAAGGACACUACCACAAAAAAUAUGAAAAUAAUAAAUUUACUAAUAAAAAAAGAUGAAAACAAAUAUAUAUGUCCAAAUAAUAUGUGCCGAAAAAUAUUAAAAGCACGAGGUGCAACAAUGCAUGUCAAAGCAUGCGCUAAAGCAUGGCUGAUCGAACAAGAAGUUCAAACUUAA